AUGCUGGUGCCUAUGUUGGCACCUUCUGUUGGGGGAUUGGAUGGGUUCGUCCCCUCUACUACCAACGCCCGCUUCACCACCAGACAAACCCCCAUGUUCAGACGCCCGCAAGAUCAUGAGCCAGAUCCAGAAACAUCGCAACUGGGUCGUAUCCUUUCGCCUCUCCGCAUUUCCACAUGGGGUCCUGUUGCCAUGAGUUAUCUAGGUGUUCCCAUACUUCCUAUAGUGGUGGUCCAGGACAAAGAUUUUGAGAAGGCAACCCGCAAACUCGAAGACUCUGGAUUCAUCCCUUCUUCUCCGAACCGCAAUCCUGCCCCUGAAAUUAUGGCAGGCCUUCUAGAUCCACAAGCCGUUCUGCGGCAGAUAAAACGAAGGUUACGAGCGCGUAGACCGCUCCUGCAAGACCUUCAACUGCCCGAGCCAUCUACUCGAGAGCUUUCAACAAAUACUUUUGAUCCCAAGCUCAUUUGCCAGUCUCCGUGA